GGGAUGCAUUCUCUCGCGCAUGAACUUGCUGCUGCGCUCAUGCCAGAACCGAGUGCUGGUUCGAAGCUAUUACAAGAGGAGUUUGGGAUAGAGUAUGACGAAGGCGCGGAAGGGAUUGAUGAGGAGCCAGAAUUGAAUGGUCAUGCAGGCGGAGAGUCACUCGCAGACGAGAUUGGUGAUGCAUACGAUGGACCUGUGCCUAAUGGACACGCACCUGAGCUUGGGGAUGAGCCACCAAUAGACGACCUCGCCGUACAUUUCGGAUCGGGAGUUUCGUCCAGUCCCGGUAAACCUCAGGCGAAGCAGCAACCUCAACAAGAUCCAAUGGACGUCCUGGCAAAGGACCUAGAAUCCACCGACAAAUUCCUUUCACAAUUACGACACCUAGACGCCGACUCUACACAUUCAUCCUCUUCACAACCCUCCAUCGAGAAGUUCGCUUCGGAUAUAAUCAGGCAUAUUAAUGACUCAGUACGUGAUCGGGAGAGCCAGGUGCGGGAAUUGUUGGAAUAUGAAAGGGAGUUUAGGAAGAUUGCUGGAGAGGUAAACGGGAAUGACGUUCUUGGGAAGUUGGAUGCUUUGAAGGAAGUAGACGGUCUGUCGGACAAACCGGGACCCGUGGACGGGGCGCGCUCGAAUGGAGUGGUGAUGGAAACAAUUCAGGAGGAUACUCGUGCACACCAACGCGCUUCUUCGAAUGACUGGGAAAUGAAUCCGGAUGAUCAUUUCCUUGAAGACGAAGGAGACGAGACUUUUGACGAGGACGUUGACACGCCUUCUCCAAUGAAAGACUCUUUCGUCGUUCCUCCGCCAAUGACCGGUCCGCCAACAGUCCCAAAGAUUAUUCCCGAGCUGGUCCACGUCCGAACUGUCACAACUUCCCUCGCAACAUCUCUCACAGCCAUCUCAGAACACGCGCAGAUGAAUGGCGCAGCGAACGCAGACGCUGGUCGAAAAAUCCGUGCUCUGAAGAACAAACUCGGCGGAUGGCGAUCAGAAUGGGACAGCGCGGAACAGAGUCGGCUGAAGAUCGAAAGAUGGGAGGCAGGGUUAGAUGGUGACGACAACAACAAACGAACCACAGACGAACACCUACGCGCGUUCGAACUCGCAUUAGCGGACGCAGGGAUGAAAACUCAGGCUAUCAUGGCAAAGUCUUGA